AUGAUCAUCUGCUACAGACCGAUUAUAAAGAUUCUGUUCAGAAGACGAGAUAAGACGGCCAAGGCCACCGUGCGUCUGAUUUUUGUCAUCAUGAUCGCCUUCUUUCUCUUUUGGACACCCUACAAUCUGACUGUGUUUGUUUCUGCUUUCCAAGAUUCCCUGUGUGAGCACUGCAGCCAGCUGGACUUGGCCAUUGAAGUGACAGAGGUGACUGCAUAUGUGCACUGCUGCGUCAACCCCAUAGUGUAUGUCUCUUCCCCCGGAAAGUACCACAGGGCUCUAUGGGACUUGCUCUAUCAACUGACUAUAUGUCGCUGCUUCCUCCACAAGGAGACAGGAGAGGGUUCACGCCAUGUCCAUUUCACAGGCGAGGAAGAAAGCUGUUCUGUGGUCCAUCCAGGACCCAACAACCGUCACCAGCCAAGAUGCUGA